AUGGUCGGCGUGUCGAGGGGUAUAGCGCACCACUCCAACCGGCACAGGCCGUCGAAGUCCGCCACAGGCGGCAUGGCGGACGGCAGCGACUCUGAGAGUGCGAGGCGGCUCGCGGGCGGCAGCAGACACGGCAGCAGAGGGAACCUGGCUGCGCUCGCCGGCGCACGGGCCCGGCAGCGCCAGGGCGGGCUCCUCCACGACGUCCCCCUCGUCCUGCCGCUCCUCCACAUCAUCGUCGUGCUGUUCAAGCACUUUGUGGCGUUCGUUUUCCUGCUUCCGUGCUUCGUGUCGGACUGGAGGUCGUGGGUCGGGCUGGCGAGCGGCCCUCAGCGACGCAGGCCAGACGGCCGCGGCGCGAAGCUCAAGGACAGCUCGGAGGAGAACAACGAAGUCGAGCUCCUCCUCCGGCGCCGCGGGCUCAAGCGCGUCGGCGGCAGCUCGCCGGCGCUCCAACUCCACACCAAGCCUGAGGAUACCAUCGUGUAUCUCGCGCCCGACGAAGAGCACCCGCCCGAACUGGACCAGCCGUCGGCGAUCCUCACGGCCGACCACGUGCACGCGCUCGCCGCGGCGCUCCCGGCGCGCCACCGGCUGCACCGCUGGUCGCUGACGUUCUCGACGCACCACCACGGCUUCUCCCUAGGGACGCUGUACCGCAGGUCGCCGGAGCACGGGCCGUGCGUGCUCGUCGUCCAGGACAUGCCGGGCCACGUCUUCGGCGCCUACUGCUCGGAAGCCUGGCACGUGCGGCCGCGGUACUUCGGCACGGGCGAGACGUUCGUCUUCCAGCUGGAGCCAAAGCAAAUCGCGUUCAAGUGGCAGCAGAAGACAGGCAAGCGCAAGGUUCCGAACGAGUUCUUCCAGCUCGCGUUCGCGGAGUCGCUCGCGCUGGGCGGGUCCCCCGCGUUUGCGCUGUGGCUGGACAGCGACCUGCGCGAGGGGCACUCGAACAACUGCGGAACGUUCGGAUCGCCGUGCCUCGCGAGCAGCGCGGAGUUCGCGGUGCGCGCGGUCGAGCUGUGGCGCGUGGAGGAGCCGGGCAAGCAAAAUCACUACGUGCCGCACACGCACCCGCACGGGGUGGUGGGGUCCCCGGGGGGGCCGAUGGGGAUGGCGGGGGGCGGCGCUGACGCUGCUGGGGGCGGCGAGGGGGCGUUCGGGAGCGAGGGAGACUUGCCUGGAGUGCCGCUGUCAGGGGCUGCGCAAUAG